UCUCCUUGGCAACGGCGAGGCGGGCCCGGCGCGAUGGCGGGCAUCCCCGACGGGGAGUUCACGGCGGCGGCCUACCGGCUGAUCCGCGACGGGCGUUACGGCGAGGCGGUGCAGCUGCUGGGCGGGUCCCCGUCGCGGGGCCCCCGGGGCCCCCGGGGCCGGGCCGGCCUGUCGCUGCUGGGCUUCUGCUACUACCGGCUGCAGGAGUUCGCGCAGGCCGCCGACUGCUACGAGCGGCUGGGCCGGCUGCGGCCGGAGCUGGACCAGUACCGGCUGUACCGGGCGCAGGCCCUCUACAAGGCCGGCCUCUACGACGAUGCCACCCGGGCCGCCUUCCUGCUGCACGACAGCCCGGCCUUCCGCGCCCGGGCCCUGCGCCUCAGGGCGGCCAUCAAGUACGGCCAGGGCGACCUGGCCGGGGCCCAGGGCCUGGUGGAGCGGCUGCUGAGCGGGGAGACGGCCCCCGAGCGGGAGGAGGCGGAGGAGGAGGAUGAGGACAAGGACAGGGAGGAGGAGCGGCCCCCCGACGGCUCCCACGCGGCCCCGUCGUCGACGUCCAGCGUGGCGUCCCCCGACGGGGCCGACCCCGACGGGCAGGUCAACCUGGGCUGCCUCCUGUACCGCGAGGGCCGGUUCGACGAGGCCGGGGCCAAGUUCUCCGCCGCCCUGCAGGCCUCCGGCUACCGCCCGGACCUGGCCUACAACCUGGCCCUGGCCCACUACGGCGGGCGGCGCUACGCCCCGGCCCUGAAGCACAUCGCCGACAUCAUCGAGCGGGGCAUCCGCCAGCACCCCGAGCUGGGCGUGGGCAUGGCCACCGAGGGCAUCGACGCCCGCAGCGUGGGCAACACCCUGCUGCUGCACCGCACCGCCCUGGUGGAGGCCUUCAACCUCAAGGCGGCCAUCGAGUUCCGGCUGCGCAACGGCGAGGCCGCCCGCGAGGCCCUCACCGACAUGCCGCCCCGGGCCGAGGAGGAGCUGGACCCCGUCACCCUGCACAACCAGGCCCUGAUGAACAUGGACGCCCGGCCCAGCGACGGGUUCGAGAAGCUGCAGUUCCUGCUGCGCCAGGACCCCUGCCCGCCCGAGACCUUCGGCAACCUGCUGCUCCUCUACUGCAAGUACGAGUACUUCGACCUGGCCGCCGACGUCCUGGCCGAGCACGCCCACCUCACCUACGGCCACCUCACCCCCUACCUCUACGACUUCCUGGACGCCACCCUCACCGGCCAGACGGCCCCCGAGGAGGCCUUCCUCAAGCUGGACGGGCUGGCCGGCUCGCUGACCGACCGGCUGCGCAAGCUGGCCAAGCGCGUGCAGGAGGCCCGGCAGCAGCGCCGGGACGAGGCCGUCAAGCGGGCCGUCGACGAGUACGACGAGACCCUGGAGCGCUACGUCCCCGUGCUCAUGGCCCAGGCCAAGAUCUACUGGAACCUGGAGAACUACCCCGUCGUGGAGAAGAUCUUCCGCAAGUCCGUGGAGUUCUGCAACGACCACGACGUCUGGAAGCUCAACGUGGCCCACGUGCUCUUCGUGCAGGAGAACAAGUACAAGGAGGCCAUCGGCUUCUACGAGCCCAUCGUCAAGAAGCACUACGACAACAUCCUCGACGUCAGCGCCAUCGUCCUGGCCAACCUCUGCGUCUCCUACAUCAUGACCAGCCAGAACGAGGAGGCCGAGGAGCUCAUGAGGAAGAUCGAGAAGGAGGAGGAGCAGCUCGCCUACGACGACCCCGACCGCAAGGUCUACCACCUCUGCAUCGUCAACCUCGUCAUCGGGACCCUCUACUGCGCCAAGGGCAACUACGACUUCGGCAUCUCCCGCGUCAUCAAGAGCCUGGAGCCCUACAGCAAGAAGCUGGGCACCGACACCUGGUACUACGCCAAGAGGUGCUUCCUCUCCCUCCUGGAGAACAUGGCCAAGCACAUGAUCAUGCUGCGGGACAGCGUCGUCCAGGACUGCCUCCAGUUCCUGGAGCGCUGCGAGGUCUACGGCCGCGACGUCCCGGCCGUCAUCGAGCAGCCCCUGGGAGCGCCGAAGCUCCACGGCGGCAAGAACACCGUCACCUACGAGGCCCGGCACCUCAGGGCCCUGAUGUACGAGAUCGUCGGCUGGAACGGGUGACGGCUCCCCCGGCCCCGGGGCCCCGCUCCGCCUCCUCCCCUUUCGCUCCGGCCGGACCCGGGGGUCCCCUCCCGCGUCCGGGCAGGCUGCCGUUCCCCCCCCUCCG